AUGACUCCAAUGACAACUCCAAUGACGACAUCAACAAUGACUUCAACAAUGAUGAAAGAGAAAAAAGAGAAGAUAAAACGAACAAAAGAAAAAGGAAAAAACAAAAAAAAAAAGAAAAGAAUAGAAAAAAAGGGAAAAACAAAGAAAAAAAGAGAAGAACGAAAGAAAAAUAAAAAUUGA